AUGACAAUGAUCGGCAAAGCACUAGCCACUGCUGCACAAUUCUUGUUCUUCAAUCAAUGGAUCCUUCUUGAACGGAAGACUGGCUCGUCUGGCAAUACUGUCCUGCCCUUGGUGCUAUGGUACACAGCAUGCGAAGCGCUAAGUGUUUUCGUUCUCCGAGAGCUGCCCGCGAACUUGCACGCCGUACAGUAUGCCGUUCUGUUCCUGGUCCACCUACCGGCUACGCAUAUCUCUACCCUCGUGUUCACCGCAUGGGAAGAGCAGAGGCCCGCCGCCCGGCUGCUAAAGGAUGACACUGAAAUCGAACAUAGUCCACACGACUCAUCAAGGUUAUCACAGUUCUACAUAUGGGAGACAUCAGUAUUGCUGGCGCCAGCGGCAACGGCGGCAUUCUCGAACACAGCUUUGUGUAACCUGGCUUCGCAAGCGGUAAACCUCGACGCAUUCUUCGCGUACGCCUGUUACCUGAUCACCCGUCUAAUAGGCGACUGCAUUGUGUGUCAACGCAUGAACCGAUCCAUGUUCCUGGGACAAGACGGCGUACAACGACUACGAUCAUCAUUGUGCUAUCUAUGCCUCUCUCUGGUAUCUCGCGUGAUUGUCAGUUGGAUGUUGGGGCUUGGGCUGUAUCAGUAUCUCGUGACUAGCCUCUUCGGUUAG